AUGGCCUCUCAUCGCGAGACAGAGUACUUAGCCUUUGUUUCUUGGAAAGUUACAACGGGUCCGGAAAAGGGGUGUGAACAUGGAGAGUUGUUGGACAAGAAAGAGCCAGAACUGUUCGAUCGAAGAAAGAAUCUUCAAAAACAACUAUUCAAGGCAGAAUUAGUCAACAAAUCGCAACCCUUUCCACGAUGUGUACGGCCGCUUUCCCUAGUUGACUAUUCAUCAGAAGAGUUCUCUCUUCUUGCAAGAAGAAUCCUAUAA